AUGACUCCCGCCUCACACGCCCGCUCAUCCAAUAGGCCCUAUCGGCAGAUCUGGUGCCUUGGUACCGCACCGUGGGAGGAGACCAAGGUCUUGUCCCAUUGUUGCAGGCAGAACCCUGCUUUCCUAGAACCUCCACGUCGAUGGCACCUCCGCUGGUUCCCACAGCAGGCUGCAAUUCAGGAUCCGUGGCUCGGUUAUAUGGCAGUGGCAGCACGGACAGAGGCAGUGGCAAAGAAGGGGCUGCGGCAUCAAUCUCGUCAUGACCUCGGACUCUAG